GACGUUUCCCCGCUCCGACCCGUCUAGCGUGGGUCUCGAUUCUGCUUUCGCGCUCUGCCCCUCUUUAGGGACCGUCAAGCACGCGUGCUUGCCUAGGGCAUGUGAUGACUGGCUGCAUGGCUCUCCAACAACUUCUCGUCUCGGAAGAUGUGAAGAUCAGCGCUCACGUGCAAAAGACCGAUGAUAGAGAGAAGUUCCGCACUACCAAUAAGAUUGGUCGCAACGGGUGUGCCAUGGGCGAUCAUGGCAAGGAAGCGCGGAAGGGCAACGCGUGAGGGUAAACGUUUUACGAAAGGGCGGUCUGCGCACGUUUCACGCUCGUUUAUCUGCUUCUCGUGCUUCUCGAGACGAGGACUCUUAAACCGCAGAAUAUCGAGUCGAUUUGAGCUGAGAUUCCUCGUGCCACGCCCUUCGAUACACGAAUAUGCUGGCUGCUCUCGUUAAGCUAUCUCUGCUCGUUGUGCUGCCCGCCGCCCAUGCUGCUGCAACCAACGACUGGAGUGUGGCGUGCAAGGGUAACUGCUCGUACGACCUUCCCGAGGGUGGUGCGAGUAUCCACCUGUCUGGAGGGAGCAACGCUGUGUCGGAUUUAACCACUGCCGGUGGAUGGACGAUUCUCAGCUGCGACUCCGCUGUGAACAACCAGACCAUCCGUGCGGUUUGCCACUCCAGCGCAUGCCAGCACGUUUUCGAAGGCCACGGUGCCGUUGAUACGGUUGUGCGGUUGCCCGAGUCGUGUGGAACGGCGCCUUUCGCUCGUGUCGUCAGCGCUGCAGUCGACCCGGACCAGAGCAUCCCCGCAGGUUCCAAGGUUCCCGCAGCCCAGUCUGGAUCGAUGACGAACACAGUCUUCUUGAUUGGCAUGGACGUCGAUUUCGCUGCCGUAAACCCCCAGAUCACUGGGCCGGUUGCUUUCCACAUGUCGACGAACUCUACCGAUGGGCCGGUCACGAAACGUGAUGUCAAGAAAAUCCGGAACAACAUCACAUCCUACAACUCAACUCCGUCUGUGACUCUUCCCCCCGUGGUUGUCGACCAGACAUUCCCGAUUGCUUCGGCGUCGAUCUCGUGCGACGGAUUCACAGCCUCUGUUUCCACCGACUUCAGCCUUAACGUGAACGCGUCCGUGACUUUGGGGCUGACCAUCGCUGGCACAGUCAUCCCGGCGAACAUCAGCGAAUUCGCCGUCUUCGCCGGGCUUGAUGGAAAGAUUCUGGGUACGUUGGGUAUCCAGGCUGAGGCAACGGCUAGUGGAGCGUUUUCCUCCGGAAAGACCAGCCUCUACACUGCUUCCAUCCCCGGAUACAGCGUGCCCGGCAUCUUCACAGUCGGCCCUACUUUCACUAUUUACGGACAAGCCGAUGUCCAGCUUGAUGCCCAACUCAACGCUGAGCUCGACCUUUCAUACGACGUCAGCGGAGCCCGUGUCUACGUUCCUUCAAAAGAGACCCCGCCUGGUGUGGCACCGGCCCAGAGCAACUUCAAACUGUCGCUAAUUCCGGACUUGACGGCGAAUGCGAACAUCACCGCGAGCCUGAUCCCCGAGCUCGCCGUCGGCCUGGACGCUUUCUCCGGCAUUGCCAAGGCCGAGGUCUUCCUCAACUUGGAAGCUGAUGCGGGUCUCACCCUCACCAACUUCGAUGCAUCCGCGGGUGCUCACGUGACUGGCACUGGCAGUGCUGCUGCGUCUGGACAAGUCAACGGCUGUGUCGACAUUGGCGCAGGGUUCUCCGCCAACAUCGGUGCCGAUGGAUCCUUGUUCCAAUUUAUUUCGGGCAACGUCACCUACCCUCUCUACAAAAACAACUGGGACCUUUACAACACGUGCUUCUCCGCCAAUGGUAGCACACCCCGUCGUCGCGCUAUCGAGGCUGCCCCGGUCAAGACCUUAGCGCGUCGUGCUUCGCUGUCCUGCCCCGGCGGGUCUUCCUCCACCAGCGUCAACUCCCUCCAGCAGAUCAUCAGCCAGCUGCUCCAGGCCAUCCAGGGAAAUGCUUCUACGAGCAAGUGAGCUUUUGAUACCAUUCAGUGUCGGCUUCAUGUCCCGCGCUCGAAAUAGAAACUGAGUUUUGAUUACGGAGUGCUGUUUAUUGUCGAAUAGACUUGAUCAAUUAUUUUCGGUCCUUGCUGC